AUGGAAGCGGAGCCUCGUCAUCUGUACUACCUUCUGUGGCACCCCCCGCAGUUCGACAGCGGCUGCGUUGCAGGGAUUACCAGCUUUCUCGUCGCCUUUGAUACCUCUCGUACCAGUGUCUUCACCAGCUGCUGUGAUAGGCCUCGCUCCGCUUCAGUUGUCGUCGCUUGUAUCAAACGUCGCGCCACCUUUAUCAUUAUUACCAUCAGCACCCGUUCUUUUAGGAACCUCCGCUCCACAGUUCGCAUCUCCGGCGGCUUUAGUUCCAACAUCGCUAUUGGCAUUGAUCCCCUCAUCACCACUUGCAGCUGUGUUCUCAACACCAGCAAUACCUGCAGCAUCACUGCAAUCAUUGCAGCCUGUGCAGAUAGCUUCGUCUCUCCCUCAAAUAUCACCGGCGAGCUCAAUUAUACCCAAUGUGGUACCAGUGGUGGAAUCAGUGCUCUCAGGUCUACGUCCAGUAUCCUUGCCGUCGAUCAACUUGCAAACUUUGGUGCAAUCUUCCAUCGCUUUGCCACCAGUCUCGAUUCCCAGCCUUCCCGCGAGCGUGGCGAGUCUAGCAUUGCCAUCGCUUGGAUUUCCAGCAUCAAAUGUUCUACCUUCAAACGCCGUGCCGACGAGUUCGCUGCCUAUCGCACUCCCUGUUCCUACCCUGCCAGGGCUACCAUACAGACGAUAUCUUCACUCGCCCUGCUAUCACUAUCAAAUGUGCCAGCGGUAUUGCCGCUGAUCUUUCCAUCGAUCGCUUCGCCAGAGGUAUCUGCGCUGCCUUUGAUUGCAGCGUCUUCUCUCGCAGCGCCUUCUCGAGGGGCCCCUUCUAUAUCAGUUCCAGCUCUAGCACUACCCUCUGUGGCACUGCCCUCACUCUCCUCGCUGCCCUCUGUGGCUCUUCCAUCUGUGGCAGUCCCUUCUGUGGAAUUCCCCUCGCUGCCCUCUGUGGUACUUCCAUCUGCGGCACUGCCCUCUGUGGCCCUUCCAUCUGUGGCGAUCCCCUCGCUGCCCUCUGUGGCGCUCCCCUCUGCGGCACUACCCUCUGAAGCCCUUCCAUCCGUGGCACUUCCCUCGCUGCCCUCUGUGGUACUUCCAUCUGCGGCACUGCCCUCUGUGGUUCUUCCAUCUGUGGCACUGCCCUCGCUCCCCUCUGCGGCACUGCCCUCUCUCUCCUCUGUGGCACUCCCCUCGCUGCCCUCUGUGGCUCUUCCAUCUGUGGCAGUCCCUUCUGUGGAGAUCCCCUCGCUGCCCUCUGUGGUACUUCCAUCUGCGGCACUGCCCUCUGUGGCCCUUCCAUCUGUGGCGAUCCCCUCGCUGCCCUCUGUGGCGCUCCCCUCUGCGGCACUACCCUCUGAAGCCCUUCCAUCUGUGGCACUUCCCUCGCUGCCCUCUGUGGUACUUCCAUCUGCGGCACUGCCCUCUGUGGUUCUUCCAUCUGUGGCACUGCCCUCGCUCCCCUCUGUGGCACUGCCCUCUCUCUCCUCUGUGGCACUCCCCUCGCUGCCCUCUGUGGCUCUUCCAUCUGUGGCACUGCCCUCUGUAGCACUGCCCUCUGUGGCAGUCCCUUCUGUGGCGCUCCCCUCUGCGGCACUGCCCUCUGAAGCCCUUCCAUCCGUGGCACUUCCCUCGCUCCCCUCUGCGGCACUACCCUCUGUGGCACUCCCCUCUGUGGCUCUUCCAUCUGUGGCACUCCCCUCUGUGGCUCUUCCAUCUGUGGCACUCCCCUCUGUGGCUCUUCCAUCUGUGGCACUGCCCUCUUUGGUUCUUCCAUCUGUAGCGCUACCCUCUGUGGCUCUUCCAUCUGUGGCGCUGCCCUCUGUGGCGCUGUCCUCUAUAGCACUUCCAUCCCUAUCGGUUGCAGAACUACCGGCCUCGCCCAGUCUCCCAGGAGUACAGCUUCCCUCAAUUCCAGAUGUCUCAGGACUGCCAGAGAUAACGAUUUUGCCCAGUGUGCCAGCACUUCCAGGAAGUCUAGACAACCCAGCAAUCCCGUUGAGUGCAGCAGUUCCCGACGUCCCGACCUUGCCGAAAGUAUCCGGGAUUCCAUCAAUUACGAUACCUAGUGUACCGUUGCCAUCUUUAGCAUUGCUCAGCGAUCCACUAGGGAAUGUCCCAACGCUCUCAGGUGUGGUCGCAUUGCCAGAUAUUCCAUCAAUAUCCGGGCUUCCGGUACUGCCAUCGAUUGCACUUCCUUCAUUUGUUUCGCCAUCACAGGUACUUUCUAAUAUCCCGGAGAUCCCAAGCAUCCCAGAAGCGUUGCCUUCGCUUAGCUUGCCUGCACCAGCUGAAUUGCCAGGCAAUUUGCCCAGCAUCCCAACCGAUCUCCCUAACCCCGCGUUGCCAGACUUCUCAGCACUGCCUUCCGUUAACCAGCCUAAUGUUCCAACACUUCCUACAGGAUCGUUGCCGAAUAUACCGGAGUUUCCCAACUCUUGCAGUUCCCUCUUUUGCACUCCCCAGAAGCUCCAACACUUUCCACUAGUUCCUUCCCUAAAGGUACCAGAGGUUACAAAUUUUACCCGUCUCUGUCGCUACCAGUCCCUCAGUGUGCCUUCGCCUACACUACCGGACGUGACAACGUUGCCAGAGAUCGAUCUCCAAUCCGCGCUGCCUGGUCUUGAUGCUCUAGCCUCGGAUGUGGCAGCAGGUGUUCCUGGUCUACCUUCAGCUGGAGUGCCAGGUUCUCCAAGUUUGCCAUCUAUUGGCGUACCGCCAGUCGUAUUGCCAUCCGAACUGCCAAGUAAGCUCCCAGAGCUACCGAAUGUCCCGGAAUUACCUUCAAACCCGCUUUCAGAUAUACCAGCACUGCCAUCAGUCACCUUUCCAAGCCUACAACUUCCUGCGUCGCUACCGGAAAUAUCUGCACUUCCUUCGCUUGGAUUACCUAACAGCCCUGCACCACUGAAUGGCCCAGAGCUCCCAUCGGGUAUACCAGCAGGAGAGCUGCCAGUGUUUCCAGUUCUGCCAUCUAUUCCUGUACCGUCGGUCUUUUUACCAUCUGGGCUACCUAUUGGACUGCCAGGACUCCCCUUGGUAUCCGAUGUUCCUGGACUGCUUUCAGAGACACUGCCAUCUGUCGCUUUACCAAAUCUAAGUGUGCCUUCAGUUGCACUACCGUCUGACCUACCCAGCGAACUCGCAGAUCUACCCCUGGUUACAGAUAUCGCAGGUCUUCCAGAGGCUCUGCCGUCUCUGGUUGUGCCAAGCUUAAAUUUGCCGUCGGCCGCGCUUCCAGCUGGCGUGCCUACUGCGUUUCCAGGGCUACCGUUAGUAUCGGAUGUCCCAGAACUACUCUCAAUCGCACUGCCUUCUCUAUCUGUGCCAGAAGCUCCAUCCGCUCUGCCAUCGCUAUCAAUUCCAGAUCUAGAGCUGCCAUCGGUCUCACUGCCAUCUGAGUUAACCAGCGGACUGCCAGGACUUCCUUUGGUAACAAAUCUCUUAGAAAUACCUUCCGUUGCGCUGCCUUCUGUGGCUGUACCAGAGUUCCCAUCAGCCUUGCCAUCAUUGUCGAUACCUGACCUCAGUCUGCCGUCAGUUGCCCUGCCUUCUGUGGCUGUACCAGAGUUCCCAUCGGCCUUGCCAUCAUUAUCGAUACCUGACCUCAGUCUGCCGUCAGUUGCCCUGCCUUCUGUGGCUGUACCAGAGUUCCCAUCAGCCUUGCCAUCAUUGUCGAUACCUGACCUCAGUCUGCCGUCAGUUGCCCUGCCUUCUGUGGCUGUACCAGAGUUCCCAUCGGCCUUGCCAUCAUUAUCGAUACCUGACCUCAGUCUGCCGUCAGUUGCGCUGCCUUCUGUGGCUGUACCAGAGUUUCCAUCGGUCUUACCAUCAUUGUCGAUACCUGACCUCAGUCUGCCGUCGGCUGCGCCUUUGCCUGACGUACCAAUCGAGCUACCAGGCCUCAGCUCAGAUGUGCCAGAGUUUCCUUCAGUUGCGCUACCCUCUCUGCUUGUCCCGGAGAUACCAUCAGCUCUUCCAUCGUUACCGGUAUCGGACCUAAGCUUACCUCCGUUACCAUCAGCAAUUUCUCCGGUCGGUUUGCCAAAUGCAGCAUUACCAUCUCUCGCAGUACCAGAUCUGCCAGCACUACCAUCGUUGGCCGUACCUGAUCUGACAGCACUACCAUCGUUGGCCGUACCUGAUCUGACAGCAUUGCCGUCGUUGAUUGCUCCUGACCUAACAGCACUGCCAUCGUUGGCCGUACCUGAUCUGCCAGCACUACCAUCGUUGGCCGUACCUGAUCUGACAGCAUUGCCAUCGUUGGCCGUACCUGAUCUGCCAGCAUUGCCGUCGUUGAUUGCUCCUGACCUAACAGCACUUGCCAUCGUUGGCCCAUUGCCGUCGUUGAUUGCUCCUGACCUAACAGCACUGCCAUCGUUGGCCGUACCUGAUCUGCCAGCACUACCAUCGUUGGCCGUACCUGAUCUGACAGCAUUGCCAUCGUUGGCCGUACCUGAUCUGCCAGCACUACCAUCGUUGGCCGUACCUGAUCUGCCAGCACUACCAUCGUUGACUGUACCUGAUCUGCCAGCACUACCAUCUCUGCCUGUAUCUGAUCUGCUAGCACUACCAUCGUUAGCCGUACCUGAUCUGACAGCAUUACCCGCACUGCCGUCUCUAGGAGUGCCCGAAGUUUCAGGAUUGCCAUCUCUAGCUGUACCUGAUCUGCCGGCACUAACAUCGUUGGCUUUACCUGGUCUAACAGCACUACCAUCUCUAGGAGUGCCCGGAGUUUCAGGAUUGCCAUCUCUGGCAGUACCCAAUUUUCCAGCAUCGCCAUCUCUGGGAACACCCAAUGCUGUAGCAUUGCCUUCGCUGGGACUACCCGGUAUUGUUGCUUUGCCGUCCUUGGCAGUACCUAAUGUUGCAGCUCUACCGUCUUUGGUAGUGCCCAACGUUCCUUCAUUACCGUCUUUAGCAGUGCCCGAUGUCACAGUGUUGCCAUCUCCGGUACUACCAGACAUUCCGGUUUCCUUACCAACAUCCGGUUUGCCAGUCGCCGCACUUCCAUCCAUUGCGCUACCAAGUAUUCCAGCAGCACUACCUUCGCUCUCUUUACCUAGCUUAGGCGUGCUUUCACUUGCCGCACCAGCGAUCCCCGCACUUCCAUCGCUGGGUCUACCAUCAAUCGCAGUGCCCUCACUCCCUAGCCUAUCUCUCCCGGCAGCACUACCUUCGCUCGCUUUACCCAGCCUAAGCGUGCCUUCACUUGCCGCACCAGCGAUCCCCGCACUUCCAUCGCUGGGUCUACCAUCAAUCGCAUUGCCUUCACUCCCCAGCCCAUCUCUCCCAGCAGCAAUCCCCGGAGCACCUACUCCCUUGAAUUCAGACCCAGAGAUCUUCCCCACGCCAACGCCCCGCCCUGGCGUUGUCGAAAGCGGUGUCGUUCUCGAAGGCUCUUAUUCAUACGUCUUCUACUCAACCGGUAUCGUCAAAGUGGCUGGCUCUUACCUCGUUCCCAAAGCCGGACAGUUCAUUGGCUUCUUAUCGGAUGAUACUCUGGUCGGACUAUUUGCUGAUGGUCUGCAUAUCGGGGAGCAUUUGAUUGCGUUCCCUGAUGCUUAUUUGAAGUUGCUUUUGAAGUACCGUCUUCAAGUCGCGCCGCUGGAGCUUUUGGACAGUCUACUGCCCGAUGAUGAUGGUUCAGGGAAGUGA